AUGACUUACAGUAUAGUUGAACUUUCAGAAAAUGUAGCUCUUGGUAAACAGACUUUUGGAACUAGAACGUCUUAUUUAGCUGUAGAUGGAGACAGCACUAUAUUUUUUAGCAAAUGUACUGAUACCAAAUAUGCUGUUACUGGUAGAUGGUGGAAGGUAGAUCUACUAAAAGAUUAUCCUAUUAAACAUAUUACCAUCUAUCGUUUUUCCUCAUUGAGUGGAAUCUCACUGCACGUUAACAAAGAGAAUCAAGAACCAGAACUAUGUCAUAAAGAUAGGAUUCUAGGUGCAUUUACCACUGCAAAAAAACAAAUAGAGUGUGAUCGGGUUAUAACUGGUCGUUAUUUAAACAUCAGUAAUUUUCAAAUUAGCCACAAUGGAAUAUAUUUAACUUUAUGUGAAGUAGAAAUUUAUGUAUGUUCUGUAGGAACGUAUGGUUCAGAUUGUACAAACUUCUGUCAUUGUUUAAAUAAUGAAAGAUGUUCAGAGAAUGGUGAAUGUCCUAGUAGAUGUGCUGAUGGUUGGAUGGGAAGUACUUGUAGUCAAAUUUGUGAUACUGGUAUGUAUGGUGCUGGAUGUUUAAAACUAUGUUCAGAUAGAAAUUGUUCAGUAGAAACAUCACUAUGUAACCAUAUCAGUGGUAGCUGUAUAGGUGGAUGUAAAGAAGGUUUUGGGGGAAUUGACUGUGUUAAAAGAUGUGAAGAUGGUGUUUAUGGAGCAGGAUGUAGAAAGAAAUGUUCAGAUAGAAAAUGUAAAGAUAAUUUACAAUGUGACAGUAAAACAGGAGAAUGUAUUGAUGGAUGUCAACCAGGAUAUCAGUCAAUAGAUUGCCUUCGAGAAUGCGAUAAUGGAACAUAUGGACAGGACUGUUUAUCUAACUGCUCAGCAAGAUUCUGCCAGGCACAAGAUAAAUGUAGUAAAAUAGAUGGAAAAUGUGACUGUUUAGAAGGAUAUCAAGGAACAGAUUGUACUGUUGAUAAAAGGACUGCAUUGUCAGGGGGCGCUAAUUUAGGUAGUAAAGAUCAGAGUUCGAUUAUACUUGAAACUGUAAUAGUGGGACUAGUUAUUGGAUGGAAUUUUAUGAUGAAGCUAACACACGAUAUCUUCACUGCUUCUGUGGAAGAAAUACUGCCGUGA